AUGACAACUCCUAAGAGAAAUAGUGGGACGGCAUUCACCGGCCUCUCCAUGCAAUCGAGCGGCCUCGCCUCCGUUGGCUCUUCUCCUGCCGCUGCCGCCGCACCAAAGGCAGCUCCCACGAAGAAGAGGGAGGACGACGAGUUUUCAGACGGGGUCUCAGAGUGGUCCGCCUGGGACUUCCCAGACAAGGACGGAGACUUGGAGACGAUGGGGGCGACCGACGCCAUCCCGACACUCCCAGCUCCCCUUCUCCCGUUGGGCAAGUUUGCAACCAUCACGGAGCGCUGCUUUGUUUACGGACACUGCUGCAGACUGGUGGAAAGCACUCUUGCUCAGCGGGCAGAGGGGGGGAUGGAGUGGAUGACGGAUGGAGAGUACGAUCGCUUCCUGGAAGCAGCACGCUUCCAACAUUGGGGAAGCAUGGAGAACCUCAUUUGA